AUGUCGGGCAACUCUAAUAUGUUCAUGUACUCGCUGACGGUACUUCAACCAUCGGCCAUAACCCAAGCAAUCCUUGGAGCGUUCAGCGGAAAGAAGCAGCAGGAAAUAAUUGUUGCCCAAGGAUCUCGGUUAUCAUUAUUACGACCCGAUGCAGCGCAGGGAAAAGUACAUUCGGUUCUUACGAUUGAUGUGUUUGGGAUUAUUCGAUGUUUGGCGGCAUUCAGAUUAGCCGGUAGCUCAAAAGAUUAUGUGAUUGUCGGGUCCGAUUCUGGUCGUAUUACUAUUCUCGAGUACCAGCCACAAGUUAAUAAGUUCCACCGGCUACAUCUCGAGACUUUUGGAAAGUCUGGUGUUCGCCGUGUUAUUCCGGGACAAUUCCUUGCGUGCGAUCCAAAGGGGAGGGCGUGUCUUAUAUCUUCGGUAGAGAAGAAUAAACUCGUCUAUGUUCUCAAUCGCAAUGCUCAGGCGGAACUGACGAUAUCCAGUCCUUUAGAGGCACACAAACCCCAUUGUCUUGUGUUUGCACUUGUAGCCCUGGACGUCGGAUAUGAUAAUCCGGUGUUUGCAGCACUCGAAGUUGAUUACGGGGAGUCAGAUCAGGAUGCCACAGGAGUUGCGUAUGAGAACAUUGAGAAAAUGCUAGUCUACUACGAGCUGGAUUUAGGGCUCAAUCAUGUGGUACGAAAGUGGUCAGAUACUGUGGACCGAUCUGCCAAUAUUCUUUUCCAGGUACCAGGUGGCACAGAUGGGCCUUCGGGUGUUUUAGUAUGUGCAGAGGAUAGUAUAUACUACCGUCAUAUGGGGAGAUCGACCCAUAGAGUGCCUAUACCUAGGCGUCGGGGAGCAUGCGAAGACCCUAAUAGAAGAAGAACUAUUAUUUCAGGUGUCAUGCAUAAGAUGAGGGGUGCAUUCUUUUUUCUGUUACAAACAGAAGAUGGUGAUUUACUCAAAGUAACAUUGGAUUAUGAUGAUGAAUCCGGUGUCUCGCGAAUAAAGGUGAAAUACUUUGAUACUGUUCCUAUUGCUUCGAGCCUGUGCAUCUUGAAGAGCGGGUUCUUGUUUGUGGCCUCGGAAGGAGGCAACCAUCAUUUUUACCAAUUCGAAAAGCUGGGGGACGAUGAUGAGGAGAUUGAGUUCUCAAGUGAUAAUUUCUCACCGGAUCCACUGGAUAGAACUGUACCUAUAUAUUUCCACCCACGCGCACCAGAGAACUUAUCCCUCGUCGAGGCCAUCGAUAGCAUGAAUCCUUUGGUCGACUGCAAAAUUGCCAAUUUGACUGACGAUGAUGCGCCCCAAAUAUAUACUGUUUGUGGGUCUGGCCCACGAUCUACUUUCCGGACCUUGAAGCAUGGCCUUGAAACUACAGAGAUUGUCUCAUCCGAACUACCUGGUGUGCCUAGCGCUGUGUGGACCACAAAACUUACAAACGGCGACGAGUUCGAUGCCUACAUUGUCUUAUCAUUCACCAAUGGGACACUGGUGCUCAGUAUCGGGGAGACAGUGGAGGAGGUUACCGACACUGGCUUCUUAUCAUCCGCUCCAACACUCGCAGUUCAACAGUUGGGCGAGGAUGCGUUACUCCAAGUCCACCCCAAGGGAAUUCGCCACAUUAGGGCAGAUAGGAGAGUCAAUGAAUGGCCAGCACCUCAGCAUAGAUCAAUUGUCGCGGCUUCUACAAACUCCCGACAAGUUGCUGUGGCUCUAUCUAGCGGAGAGAUCGUGUAUUUCGAGAUGGACAGUGAUGGACAGCUGGCAGAGUAUGAGGAGAAGAAAGAGAUGUCGGGGACAGUCACCUGUCUCUCACUCGGGGAGGUUCCAGAGGGGAGGGUGCGGAGUUCCUUUUUGGCGGUUGGCUGUGAUGAUGCCACCGUUCGAAUACUCUCACUAGAUCCUGAUUCCACUUUGGAAUCAAAAUCUGUUCAAGCCCUUACCUCUGCACCUUCGUCGUUAUGCAUCAUGUCUAUGCCUGACUCUGCGUCGGAAACAUCACGUUCCUUAACACUUUAUCUGCACAUUGGUCUUUAUAGUGGUGUAUAUCUCAGAACAGUACUCGAUACAGUAACUGGAGAAUUGACAGAUACUCGAACAAGGUUUUUGGGGCCCAAGCCAGUCAAGAUAUUCAAAGUUAUUGCGCAGGGGCUACCGUCAGUCCUCGCCCUGAGCAGUCGACCAUGGCUGGGAUAUAGUGAUGCAAGAGGUCAAUUCAUGCUUACACCUUUGACGUAUCCCAUGCUAGAAUGGGGUUGGACAUUCAGCAGUGAGCAGUGCCCGGAGGGAAUGGUAGGAAUUCAAGGGCAGAAUCUGAGAAUUUUUACCAUCGAGAAGCUCACAGACAAUCUCCAACAAGAGUCCAUCCCACUAUCAUACACCCCCCGAAAAAUGCUCAAGCAUCCUGAUCAACCUGUAUUCUAUGUUGCUGAGGCAGACGCCAACACGCUCUCCGUCGCUACUAAACAAAAGCUAAUGAACAGCGCCCAAAACGGUGACACUAACGAGCUCGCCCCGGCAGAGUUCGGGAACCCGCGUGGCGAAGGCCACUGGGCAUCCUGCAUCUCUGUUGUGGACCCCAUCAGCAAAGAGGUGACCCAGCGGAUCGAACUCGAAGAGAACGAAGCUGCCUUCAGCAUUGCGGCAGUCAGCUUCUCCAGCCAAGAUGACGAAUGGUUUCUAGUAGUCGGUACAGGAAAAGACACCUGCCUCUCUCCGCGCAAGUCUGCAAAUGGCUAUAUUCACAUCUACCGCUUCUUAAAUGACGGUAAGGAGCUAGAAUUUAUACAUAAAACAAAAGUAGACGAACCUCCUCUCGCCCUCCUAGGAUUCCAAGGCCGGCUGCUAGCGGGCAUAGGCAAAGAUUUAAAAAUCUACGAUUUAGGGAUGAAGCAACUCCUGCGCAAAGCUCAAGGCCAGGUUGCUCCGAACGUCAUCAAUGGUCUCCAGACACAGGGAUCGAGAAUCAUAGUCUCGGAUGUGCAGGAAUCGGUGACUUACGUGGUAUACAAGUACCAGGACAACCGUCUAAUCCCAUUUGCAGACGACAUGAUCCCGCGCUUCACCACGUGCACCACAAUGGUAGACUACGAGACAGUUGCUGGUGGUGACAGAUUUGGUAACUUCUGGAUCGUCCGCUGUCCACAAAAGGCCUCCGACGAAUCCGACGAAGACCCCGCCGGUGGACACCUCAUUCACGAACGAUCAUACCUCCAGGGCGCCCCCAACCGUCUAAACCUAAUGUGCCACUUCUACCCCCAGGACAUCCCAACCAGCGUUCAGAAGGCACAGUUGGUGACCGGCGGCCGCGACACACUUGUCUGGACUGGCCUCCAGGGAACAAUCGGCCUGAUGGUCCCGUUUGUCAGCCGCGAGGAUGUGGACUUUUUUCAGACACUGGAACAACACAUGAGGACCGAAGACGCGCCCAUUGCUGGAAGGGAUCACUUAAUUUAUAGGAGUUACUACGUACCCGUAAAGGGCGUUAUUGAUGGGGAUUUGUGUGAGAAUUACUCGCUCUUGUCCAGGGAUAAGAAGGCCAUGAUCGCCGCAGAGUUGGACAGGAGCGUUAGGGAGGUGGAGAGGAAGAUUGCUGAUAUGCGGAGUCGGGUUGCGUAUUAGUUUGGUGGAUCGGUUGUAUCAUCUCAAAAAAAGGAAAUUGGAAAAAACACUUGUGUAGCGAUGGAGUGUAUUCUAAGGAAAAAAAGGGGGGGGAUCCCAAAAAUUCUAGUCCUGUUCAUGAUGUGUUAGUAUUGAAUACCAUUGUUUGUUUUCUUUUCUUUU